UGUCAUCGCGUCCCUUACUCAGGCUAGCUGCGAUACCGAACAAGCAAGCUCCGCAUCUAGUCCCCAGCUAUUAUAUGAUGAACCCAGGGCCUGUAGCAAAUGUUUUAGAUGUUCAGACUCGCCGUGUUGAUGGUAUGGUUCAGAAGUUUUUGAGACAGUGUCAAUAGUAAUCUCACAGUCUUUAUACUGCCGACAGCCGUCAAAAAAUGGAUUCGCGGUGAGCUCAUUGGCAAAGGUACUCACGGCCGGGUCUACCUGGCUCUUAGGAUGACCACGGGUAAACCGCAACUGGUCGCCGUCAAGCAAGUCGAUAGUCCUCAAGUUAUCCGCGACGAGAGCGACCAGUGUCAAGCCACUUUCGUUCACUCAGUCGAAAGAGUAAGCGAGCUACUGGUGGACCUGAACCAUCGUCAUAUCGUUCAAUACCUGGGGUUUGAAGAGUGCUUUGUAGAGCGCUCAAGAGUUGUGAAUAUUUUCAUGGAGUACGUGUCGGGAAGUGUAUUAGGCUAUUGUCUUCGAGAAAAGGGCAAGUUUCGUGAGGAUGUUGUGAAAUAUUUCAUCUCUCAAAUACUUGGAGGUUUGAGAUACCUGCACUCGCGACGAAUAAUCUACCGGAAUCUCAAAGCCGACAGCGUCCUACUUGAGAGAGACGGAAGCUGCAAGCUUUCUGACCUAGAGUUCUCCACCAAGGAGGAUAAAAUACACAAACUUCCGUUCACCACCGUGCAACGGACGCUGCCCUGGAUGGCGCCAGAAGUCAUCUGCCAUCAGAAAGAAGGGUACAGUGUCAAGGCCGAUAUUUGGAGUCUGGGAUGCGUUCUGCUGGAAAUGCUGACAGGGAAACGACCCUGGUAUGAGGAUGAACUGAUCAUGGUCACGAUCAAGAUGAAACAGAACAAGCGUCCACCCAUCCCUCCUGAUGUUACCUUGUCCGACCUUGCAAUGGAUUUCCAAGAUUCGUGUUUCGCAAUCGAUCAUGACGAACGUGCAUCUGCUUCGCACCUGAGACGACAUCCCUUUCUUGAGCUUCCAGAUGGUUGGAGAUUUCAGGGUUUUAAUGGCUAGGGAAUACUCUUGUUAUCGUACCCUAUCUAUUCAUGUGUAUUUUGCUAGGCUUCUUUCCCAUUCUUGCCAAACGGUGACAAUAUAUACUAAGUACAUUGCUAAGAGAGGAGCUGCUCGUAUGGGACUAGGUUUCCCGCGAAA